UCUAUGUAACACCAAGAAGCCUUUUGCACACUCGAUGAUCGCCUGCCGAAAUCGAACUACAGCUCUCUCUGCCUCCCUGAGCACGCAACUCCUUCCCUCUGUCAAAAAAGAAACGAAAAGAAGCAAAGCCAAAUCAAUCAAGCAAAGGAAUGGCGAGUGAAAACGAGCCCGCGAAACUCCUCUUGCCGUACCUUCAAAGAGCCGAUGAGCUGCAAAAACACGAUCCUUUAGUCGCUUAUUACUGUCGACUUUAUGCGAUGGAGAAAGGAUUGAAGAUUCCACAGGCUGAACGAACCAAGACAACCAAUUCUCUCCUUAUUUCCCUUAUGAAUCAACUUGAAAAGGAUAAGAAGUCGCUGAAGUUGGGGCCUGAAGACAAUUUGCAUGUGGAGGGAUUUGCACUAAGUGUAUUUGCGAAGGCAGACAAGCAAGAUCGAGCAGGAAGAGCUGAUUUGAAUACUGCAAAGACGUUUUAUGCAGCAAGCAUUUUCUUUGAGAUUUUAAACCAGUUUGGUGCCCUCCAGUCGGAUCUUGAACAGAAACAGAAGUAUGCAGUUUGGAAAGCCGCAGAUAUAAGGAAAGCUUUGAAAGAAGGAAGGAAGCCCAAUCCAGGUCCUCCUGCUGAUGAUGAGGAUUUUUCAAUUCCAUCAAGUACACCUGGUGGUGGCUAUGAUCUUGGGCCUUCUGAAACUGCAGUUACCAGUCCUCAUCCAGAAUCUGAUCAGCUAUCACGUUUCUAUGAUCAAGUCAAUGACCAGAACUCUACAAGCAUUCCACCAUCAUCACAGAAGGCUAACAACCAGCAUUUUUCGCACCUUGCAUCACAGCCUCAGUUCCAUGAUUCAGCUAACAACCACCAUUCUACAAACAUCAUGCCAUCACCUCCUUCUUACCCUUCUGCCGGUUAUCCUUCCCAUGAUUUUCAUCCGCCGCCUCCAGCAAGCAGAUCAGAGAAUGCUGCAUAUGCUCCGCCAUACCAUCAACAGUCCUACUCACAAGACCCUCAACAGCAGGUGCCUCCUAAUCAUCCAUCACAUGAACUGCCUUCCUACUCAUACCCCAACUUCCAGUCUUAUCCUGGUUUCACAGAGAGCAGUCUCCCAUCAGUCCCGUCACAUUAUCCUUCGUAUUAUCAAGGUUCUGAUUCUUCCUAUGCUCCUCAGUCUGCUUCUCCAAGCAACUAUUCAUCAACUAUGCAAUACACUUCAAGCAGCAGAAAUGGGAGUGAUUCAGAUCCUGUACCUGCUUCCUCUCAAACAUACCAAUAUGAUAGCAAUUACCAGCCUCCACCUGAGAAAAUUGCUGAGGCACACAAGGCUGCAAGAUUUGCAGUUGGAGCCUUGGCAUUUGAUGAUGUGUCAGUUGCAGUCGAUUACUUGAAGAAGUCACUUGAACUGCUGACAAAUCCAUCGGCUGGUGGUCAGUAAGUUAAUUUUUCAUCUCAGGUCAAAUUCCCAAUGGUGCUUCUCUCAUUUGGUUUUUGGCUUUUGGAUGCUUUGAUAUGUAAAGUGGUUGGAUAUUUGCACAAAAAAGGGUUAUGAUUGACCAUUUUGACACAUUGAUGUGAAUGGAAAUAACUUAUUUUAAAUUCCUCAGUUCUUUGUGGCGUCUUCUUUCUGUUUUUCUGUUGGUAAUCAACUUAUAAUUUCGUAUUUGUGUA